CCAGAGCUCCGGGAUACACUCACACAGGAGAGGAGAGCUUUGCAGAAGCGCUGCGUAAAGACGCACGUAAAGAAAUAUCCAAGACUAGCCAAGAGGGGACUCUGAACUACGGGGCACGUUUUUAUCACCCUCGAUCAAUCUCUUUCUCUCGCCACCAUCGGAUCUUUUCCAACAUUUUCACAGCGAGAAAGGACUUUUAUUUGUACUUGUACAAAUCCACUUUUUUGCUCCGUGUUUGGUUUUCUUUAUCUCCAUGGAUUUAGCCCUCUAAACGCAGUGGACUUUGCCCAGGGGGGGUCACAGCUCCUUCCACCGGUCACCAGGAGAGCCCGGCAGCUGUCGUUCAUGUUCCAGGGGGCUGUUUUUGAUGGAUUUAUAAUCUCGACUUCGUUCUCAGCCGGAUACACAGCAGCCGAGAGCCGCUCACAGACUGCUUUUGGGAAAGGAUACAGCGGCGAUACAACAGCUCCAAAUGAGGAUUUCAAUAUUCAGUCGUAUCGACCGGGACAAGGAGUGAUUUCCCCCCAGGUGCCAGUCAUCCCCGCGCGGACAGAAAGGAUCCAGAUUUAGAGACUUUCUGAAGUUUCCAAUGCCAGGGACUGGAGUGUGAGGCCAACCCCAGGCUUCCAACGCAUAUUUCUACCUUUUUUUUAACCAGAAGACACACAUGAAGAAGAUGGCGAGGAUCUGCCCGUUCUGCGUUCUCCUGCUCUGUUUGAUGGACAGAGUCUCGGCCAGGGCCAUCGACGAAGGAAGGACUAAAGAUCUUCGGGUUUCCAGGCCUCUGAUCGCGCCAGGUUACCCAGAAAACACCACAGCGGUAGUGGGUGGUCAGACGAAACUGGUGUGCAAAGUCCACCGCCCGGCGUCCACCAAGGUGCAGUGGCUGAAGACGGAAGUCAGCCAGGGAGGACCGCCUCGCCUCAGGGCUCUGACGGCCCUGCAGAGCAACGCGUCCAAGGUGAACACUUUGCAUCUGUCCAAAAUCACUGAGGAGGAUGCAGGAGAGUACAUCUGCAUGGCCGAGAGCACCCACGCAGGACAGACAGUGCAGGCCAUGCAGGCGGCGUGGCUGGAGGUCCUGCCUGGUAUCAUCAUUCCUCGAAAUGUGGACCUGACUGCUGCUGAAAUCCCAUCAGAGGUUCUUGACGACCUGAGUGAGGACACCACGGAGCAUCUUCUGCUAGAGCCGGGAAACGUCCUGAAACUGCGCUGCGACGCGAGCACCCGGCCUGGCAUGGCGGUCAACUGGUACAAGGAGGGAGUCCGGGUUCUGCCCACGCCCCGCUUCCAGAUCCGCGGUGCCAUCAUGGAGAUCACAGACGUGACAUACGAGGACUCUGGCGUUUAUGUUUGUGUUCUCCGGGGAACCAAAGAGCCUGUGAGGAACUUCACCAUCACUGUGGCAGACACAUUGGGGUCGGGGGACGAUGAUGAGGAUAACGGCUUGGAGGAUUCAUCGGCUGAGAUCGAAAACGACCAGGUUUACUUCUCCAGAGGUCCUUACUGGACACACACCCAGCGUAUGGAGAAGAAGCUGUAUGCUGUUCCUGCAGGCAACACGGUGAAGUUUCGUUGCCCGGCCAUGGGCAGCCCCAUGCCGAGUAUCCGUUGGCUCAAAAACGGACGUGAUUUCAGAGGAGAGCACCGCAUCGGAGGCAUCAAGCUGAGACACCAGCACUGGAGCCUGGUGAUGGAGAGCGUCGUGCCUUCAGACAGAGGAAACUACACCUGCAUGGUGGAGAACAAAUACGGCUCCAUCACUCACAGCUACGUCCUCGAUGUCCUCGAGCGCUCCCCACACAGGCCCAUCCUGCAGGCCGGUCUACCAGCCAACACAACAGCAGUGGUGGGCAGCGAUGUCCAGUUCCACUGUAAGGUCUACAGCGACGCCCAGCCUCACAUUCAGUGGCUCAAACACAUAGAAAGGAAUGGCAGCCGCUACGGUUCUGAUGGGACGCCCUACGUUCGGGUCCUCAAGACCGGCAGUCUGAACAUGUCAGAGGUGGAGGUGCUCUACCUGUCCAAAGUUACCAUGGAAGAUACAGGAGAGUACACCUGUCUGGCUGGAAAUUCAAUCGGAUUCGCGCACCAGUCCGCCUGGCUCACCGUCCUCUCAGAGGAGGAAGCAGCAGACGCUUUGGACACCAUGGAGACCAAGUACACGGACAUCAUCAUCUACGCCUGUGGUUUCCUGGCUCUGAUCAUGGCCAUCGUCAUUGUGGUGUUGUGUCGAAUGCAGGUCCACCCCAGAAGGGAGCCGUUUGACGCCCUGCCUGUCCAGAAGCUCUCCAAGUUUCCUCUUCGCAGACAGUACUCGGUGGACUCCAACUCCUCAGGGAAGUCCAGUGCGUCGCUGAUGAGGGUGGCUCGCCUCUCUUCCAGCUGCUCUCCCAUGCUGGCUGGAGUCAUGGAGUUUGAGUUGCCCUACGACCCGGACUGGGAGUUCCCCAGAGAGAAUUUAACGUUGGGCAAACCUCUAGGAGAAGGCUGCUUCGGUCAGGUGGUCAGAGCUGAUGCCUACGGGAUCAACAAGGACUCUCAGGUUCCGGCCUCCACUGUGGCGGUUAAGAUGCUCAAAGAUGACGCCACAGACAAAGAUCUUGCAGACCUCAUCUCGGAGAUGGAGCUGAUGAAGGUGAUGGACAAACACAAGAACAUCAUCAACCUGCUUGGCGUCUGCACACAGGACGGCCCUCUGUAUGUGCUGGUGGAGUACGCCUCCAAAGGCAGUCUGAGGGAGUACCUGCGGGCCCGAAGACCCCCAGGCAUGGACUACACCUUUGAUGUGACUAAGGUGCCUGAAGAGCAGCUCACCUUCAAAGACCUGCUGUCCUGCGCCUACCAGGUGGCCAGAGGGAUGGAGUACCUGGCUUCUAAAAGGUGCAUACACAGAGAUCUGGCAGCCAGAAACGUUCUGGUGACGGAGGACAACGUGAUGAAGAUCGCUGACUUCGGUCUGGCCAGAGGAGUCCACCAGAUCGACUACUACAAGAAAACCACCAACGGACGGCUGCCGGUGAAGUGGAUGGCACCAGAGGCUUUGUUCGACCGAGUCUACACACACCAGAGCGACGUGUGGUCGUUUGGCGUACUCAUGUGGGAGAUCUUCACGCUGGGCGGCUCACCUUACCCCGGUAUCCCCGUCGAGGAGCUCUUUAAGCUUCUGAAGGAAGGACACCGCAUGGACAAACCCUCCAACUGCACACAUGAACUCUACAUGAUGAUGCGUGAGUGCUGGCAUGCUGUUCCCACCCAGAGGCCGACCUUCAAACAGCUGGUGGAGGAGCUGGACAAAGUGCUGCUGUCCAUCUCUGACGAGUACUUGGACCUGUCGACACCCUUCGAGCAGUACUCCCCGUCGUGCGAGGACACUUCCAGCUCCUGCUCCUCCGACAACGACUCUGUUUUUACCCACGAUGCCUUGUCCACCGACCCCUGCCUCCUGGGCUACCAGGACGUGCGCUCCCGGAUAGACAUGAAGAAGGCUCUCCGAUAGACUCACAACCGAAGGCACCCACACACACACAGACAUGAACACAACACAUGUACCACAUCCACUGGCGGCCAUAGUGGAGGUUUGCAGCUGCAUUUCUAAAGUUAUGUUAAAGUUUUUAUUCAUGAAGUUUUUCAUUGGACCUCCUUUAUGGCACCAGACUAAGCCCUUAGGUAUAGACGGGCAUUUAUACACAUAAAAACACAUGUAUGCACGUGGAGCACUGAGGCCGGUGAAGGUUUGAAGACAUUUCAUCGUGGGCAGAAGAAGAGAGGACAAACAAAACGAGGUACUUUGGACUCUCAGCUCCGGCACUGUGCACAUGAACAGUUGUUAACGUUGGAAAACUGCGGCACUAAACACAACAGGAGACAAAACGCCUCGAAAUGCUUUCUUUGAUCAACUCCCCCUCAGGGAGGUGACGGACGAUGAUCUCCUCACACAACCGAAAACCAGGGCGAGAAACCUCGGUGAUAAAGACAUUUUUAACAAACAAAAAAAGAUUUAUUUUGCUAUGAUAAAAAAGAAGAAAGUGAUUGUUAAAUAUAAAUCUCUCUAUAUAAGAUUAUUUUACUUUUGUGUUGCUUAUUUAAAAAGAGAACAGUCUUAAAUCUCAGGAUCUCUUGUGCUAAGAAGUUGCUAUAGUGGCAGCAAAGUGCCUGAAUUUACGAUUUCCUGUGAAUAUAUUAGAAUAUUAAAAUAUUGUAUGUACAUAUCAACAGCAGAAAGACGAUUGCCUUUUAUAAAUUAUUCUGAAUGACACAAAAAUUUAGGUUAUUGGAGGCGAAAGGAGAGAGGAAUUGAAUCAAGUGCCAAACCUGUCGCAGCUGUCUUUAUGUUCAGGUUUCAUUCCAAAAUAUUCAAUUUAGAAGCAAUUUUUCUACACAAUGAUCUCCCAAAUUAAAACAUUGGAUGCUGUUAAAAUUCGGUUUACAUCAGCAACUUUUGCAAAUAAGUAAAACCGUGAGAAACGCAAAAUUCGACGACUCAAACCUCAAAUGCAUGUGGUCAGAAAUGAUGGAUUAAGCCUUUAAAAGAUGGCUUACAUUUUUUGGAAUAAAACCCUCCAUUUGUCAUUUUGUAGUAAACUGUUUCGACCUCCAGCCCAGCAAAACCAUUUGUGGUCAAAUACCAGGAGGAUUUCCAGUUCCUGUUGCUGUUGUUGGAAGAAAACCACCAAAAGGUUUCAGCUCGAAUACAUUUCUUAAGCUAUAAAACGAGUUUUGAAAAGUUCUCCAAAGUUCUUUAACGUCGUUAAACAACAGCGUGAACUUUGAGACAACAUGACGUGGUCUUCCUCCAACAGCAGCUUUACUCUUUCGGUCUACUUUAUCAGAGACAGUGUGUCCAGGGUGGGACGACUGGCGAUUCUGGGGACUCUGUCGGGGAGCUGGCCCAAGCCCACUGUCACUGCUGACAAGGAGGGGGCGAGCACUGAAUGUGAAAGCCAGUGUGAUUGAUUUCAAAUAGAGGAGAAGGGGGAGGGAGCCUCCUUUGUCUGGCUUUAACCCUUCACCCAGCCCAAUCUGUUGGCGAGGGGUCCUCAGGUCCGCAGCCUGGCCGGACAAUGAAGGCUUUGCAGGCUUAAUGGAUGUGACUACGGACCAGAGGGAGUUUUAUAGGAGGGGGUUGGUGGAGGUGGUGUGGGGAUAGCUUGGGCUUGUGUGCAAAUGAAGAGGCUCUUAUUAUGUUAAUGUCUCCUCUUCUCUCCCAAACGCCCCUAUCUUUAUCCCCACAGCCACCAUCUUUUACAAUUACAAAUCUUAAUUCAGAUUUGCCACCAGGACCAGCUGCAGAAAAUUCCCCUGUGGGGUAAAAAUGCCCGAAUCUGACCACAGACACAAACAAAACAUCCUCUGAUAGAAUGAAGUAUGAAGUUUAUCAAACUUUGCGCUGGUGAUUCCAAUGGACAUAAUUGAUUUUGGUACCAAAUGUGUGAUCGACUGGCUAACACCUGCACCUCCAGCUGCUUUCUGCUCCUUUACUCUCUGGUCUCUUUUAUUCAAAUGUUGUAAAGUUGAAGGAAAAAUGGUUUCAUUUCAAAAUGCUUUAAAUGUAUCAUCCAAUCAUCUUCCUGUGUGUGAAACCAGUCAACCAUUUAGUCAAUGAAGGAUUUGUGCAUCUUCUCUCCUCAUUUGUUUGCUUUUGAUGCUGUCAAUCAUCUGGUGACAGUUGGUGUCUGAUUUCGGGAUGAAGCUCUUUACAUACACGUGUAACCACAAAGUGUCCGGAUACAUUUGCAUCUUUACAUUCCAGUUAUCUGCUCUGCUCCCAGAUACAAACUGUAAACAAUCACAGCGUUCUUAAACAUUUCCUCAAGAGAAUUAUUUUAGAAAUAUCUAAUUUAUUUGUUCAUUGUUUUGUUUUUAUAUGAAAUAAAGUAUAAUUUAAAA